CUUUUGUUUACAGACAGUACUUAUCAUCCGGUAUUCUGGUAACAACUACGAAGAUUGACAUUGAGAAAGAUAUUUGGCAAAUCGUUUGCGCUCUUCACCCAAAAGUAGCAAUGGCAGUCAAUCAACAGCCGAUAGUGCAGCCAAGGCUUGUGAUGGCCGGGGGGUUUCGCCCUGAAGCCAUUGAGUUGCUUCGGCGACCUGUAAUUCCAACUAUGGAGGAGGUUGAGCUCGAGUUUACUAAGGCGGACAUCAUGCGGGUGUUGAGCAACAAUGGAAAGGGAACAGUGGCUAACUGGGACAAGCGCAGGUGCGCCGAAGUGCUGCUUGACUUUCUUGAAACAGUCGACAGAACUGCAGAGCCGGGGUCCCUCUGUGGCCGUUGUCAUGUGGCCCGCCCUACAGAGAUUUUCUCAGUUUGCUGGCACUUUGGGAUCUGCGUUGCCUGCAGGGAAAGUAUUUUAGAGCAAGAUAUGAGACAUUCUGGGAACAACAGGGAGGCCUUUUGCAUUGUCUGCCACACCAAACACACUGCCAUUCAAGUUAAGUCGGUGAACUUGAUCUAAGGGAACAAAGGCAGUUUUGGCUUUGUUCAUCCCUCUUACCUUUGCGCCUUUUUAAGUUCCUUGAUCUGCUUCUUUAAUUUAAUAUCGUUACCAAAAAAUCUCACGCAUGUUUAGUAGUAUUGCAAUAUUUUAAUUACUUGUGGCGCAAAUGUUAAUUAAAUUGAUAAUCAACUGUAAACCCAUUUAAAUUAUUUUUACCGUGUCAUAAUUAAACUAAAUGUUAAAGCAAAUAAAAAAUGUAUUGACAGGUAACAUUUUUUUCAUGUGUUUAUUCAAUCUGAAUUCAAAUACAUUAAAACAUACAAAU